AUGAAGAGCUGCAAAAACAAUGCCAACUUCUUCUGGUGUAAUUUGAAAAAGAAGCUGAGAUUGGAUGGACGAAAUUUUGAAGACUCAAGAAAUAUUUCGAUAUACUUUUUGGGAGAAUAUGGACAUGUAGAGGUUUCCAUUGGGCACACAAAAGUUAUAUGCAGAAUAACGAGUGAAAUUGUAAAGCCGUUUGACAAGAAACCAAACGAAGGAAUAAUAAAAGUAAAUUUAGAUAUAGAUAGUUUUACAAACGCAAAUGAUAAUUCUCAAAUUAGUGAUGAAUGUUUGGAAAUUAGGAAUUUAAUUGAAAGAAUUUUAAAAUCAAGUAAUCUUUUAAACUUUGAAUCUUUGUGUAUUAUCCCCCACAAGAAGGUGUGGUGUUUGUUAGUAAAUAUUAUUGUGAUAGAAAAUGAUGGAAAUUUAUAUGACUCCUGUUAUUUGUCUGCCUACAGUGCAUUAGUACAUUAUCGAAAUAACGAAGUAACAGUUGAUAAUAUUGGAAAUGUUAUUAUUGAAGAAGGGGAGACGAAUUACACCCCUUUGUCUAUUCAUAAUACUCCUAUUUUGACUACAUUUGCAUACUUCAAUUGUGAAGACAUAUGCCUGAUCGAUCCAUCUAUACACGAAGAAGAGUUUAUGUCUUCCAAAUUAUCCGUUGCACUUAAUAAGAACGGAAAAUUAGUGAGUAUAUUGAAACCAGGGGGGUCUCCCAUAUCUUAUGAAAAAAUACUUGAAGCUAUUGAGUUAGCGAAAAAAAGAGUUAAAAGCAUUUUGAAAAUUUUAGAAGAUGCUUUAGAGGAAGAUAAAAAUUUGAGAAAUAGCUUGAAAAAAAAAAAUAUACACAUUAAAUAUUCUUCCAAUCCUGUGCAAAUAAAAUAUGAUGAUGCAAAUGUUCAUGCAAAACCUCUUGUUAUCCCUCCUAACAAAUCAGUACAAAAUAAUCUGAACAUUGAAAAAAUUAUAAAGAAAUAUGAACAGUACAUAUAUUCACAGGAGGUGAAGAAGGAAGAAAAGGAAAAAUCGGCACAAGGAGAGACAACCCUAGGGGACAACAAACGUACAAGUCAGUACCUCAUAAACGAAGAGCUUCGAAAAUUAAAGCAGAAAAUAGGAGCAAAGAAUGGUGAUGAGUUUUCCUACAUGGAUAAGUAUGAUGACGACAUUAGCGAUAUCAGUAGUAACCUCAGCACAAAAAACGAAGUGGACAUUGGAAGUGCAGAUGUGGGGAAGAUAAAAAGGCAAGAAUUUAGCGACACCAAUUCGCAUCUGCAUAAUUUGAAAAUACAAAGAACGAGUGAGGCGCCAAGAAGGGAGAUAGGUAACACUGCAGGGUCGCAGGCGACGGGUGUCGUCAGAACGCCGAAUGACAGGAUGGACGCCACUGUUCGCUCAAAUCCGUAUUUUAAGGGACACCCGAUUUUCGAGGACGAUAAAAGGAACGUAUGUGCAAAGAAGCACGCGGACUCGAGUGAAGACUCAUCCGACAUAGACUUCUCCGUGGCGAUUAACCAGAAUUUGAAGAAAACGAAGAAGAAAAAAGGCUAG